GACGUUACUCAUUUAUAUUGCACCCUCAUUCUCAUGAUCUACUCUCUGCCUCUUCUACUCCUUUUCCACCAUCGCCAGCUAAAAUAUUUCAAGUCCUUUCUCUCUCUCUCUCUCUUAAAAGAUUAUCGAUACGAAUGAUCAGAAAUUUCUGAAGCCUCAUGGACUCCAGACAACAACGCCUAGACGACGCGUACAAGAGGAAGCUGCAGAGGAUCAAAGUGAAGAGUGUCGCGAAUCCUCUCAAAUUCGCGAUUCCCGGGAAGAACGGCAGAUGCAGACCUCAUCCAUUGAAAUUAGUUCUGGCUAUCAUCGUGCUAGGCUCUUUCUUUCUCAUCCUUUCGUCUCCGCCAGUGUGCCAACAAAACGGCCUACAACUCAAAGUUUCCCGGCAACGUUUUGUGAGCAGGUGGAUAUGGGGAGCCUCCGAUCCCCGCUACAUCGCGGAUUUCGAGAUCGACUGGAACGAAAUCGCCGGCGCCGUGGGCGAGCUGCCCAAGGGAACCAAAAUCGGAGGGAUCGGCCUCGUCAAUUUCAACGAGCGAGAAGCGCGCCAAUGGCAGCAGAUGGUCCCCACCGCCAACCACACGGUUCUGAACCUCGACCGCGCGGAGAGAAACGUGACGUGGGAUGUGCUUUUCCCCGAGUGGAUCGACGAGGAGCAGGACGAGGCGAUUCCGAGCUGCCCUGCGCUGCCGAGGCUGCAAGUGCCGGCGCAGCGGCUCGAUCUGGUGGCGGUGAAGCUGCCGUGCAGGAGCGAGGGGAACUGGUCGAGAGACGUGGCGCGGCUCCACCUGCAGAUCGCGGCAGCCGGUCUGGCGGCCGCGUGCAAGGGGAGUUAUCCGGUGCAUCUGCUGUUCGUGACGCGGUGCUUCCCUAUACCCAACCUCUUCACCUGCAAGGAUCUUGUGGCGCGUCGGGGCAAUGCCUGGUUGUACCGUCCGCAGCUCAAUGCGUUGAGGGCUAAGCUUCAGCUUCCUAUUGGAUCGUGUGAACUUGCACUUCCUCUUGGAUCCGUAGAGAAAGACUACACGGGAAAGAAGCAACGUGAGGCGUAUGCGACGAUCCUCCACUCCGCCGACGUGUACGUGUGCGGCGCAAUCGCGGCGGCGCAGAGCAUCCGCAUGGCGGGGUCGACGAGGGAUCUGGUGAUCCUGGUGGACGAGACGAUCAGCGACUACCACCGGAGCGGGCUAGAGCUGGCCGGCUGGAAGGUGCGAAACAUCAAGAGGAUACGAAACCCGAAAGCCGAGAAAGACGCCUACAACGAGUGGAACUACAGCAAGUUCCGUCUCUGGCAGCUCACCGACUACGACAAGAUCAUCUUCAUCGACGCCGACCUCCUCAUCCUCCGCAACAUCGACUUCCUCUUCGGCAUGCCCGAGAUCUCCGCCACCGGCAACAACGGCACGCUCUUCAACUCCGGCGUCAUGGUGAUCGAGCCCUCCAACUGCACCUUCCGCCUCCUGAUGGAGCACAUCAACGAGAUCGAGUCGUACAACGGCGGCGACCAGGGCUACCUCAACGAGAUCUUCACCUGGUGGCACCGCAUCCCCAAGCACAUGAACUUCCUGAAGAACUUCUGGAUCGGGGAUGACCUAGCGGUGAGGCAGAAGAAGACGAAGCUGUUCGGGGCCGAGCCGCCCGUGCUCUACGUGCUGCACUACCUGGGGAACAAGCCGUGGAUGUGCUACAGGGACUACGACUGCAACUGGAACGUCGACAUACUGCAGGAGUUCGCCAGCGACGUGGCGCACAACCAGUGGUGGAGGGUGCACGACGCCAUGCCUGGGGAGCUGCGGGAGAUGUGCCUGCUGCCGUCCAAGCAGAAGGCGCAGCUGGAGUGGGACCGGCGGCAGGCGGAGAAGGGGGACUACGCCGACGGGCAUUGGAGGAUCAGGAUCAGGGAUGAGCGCGUCAAGAGCUGCAUCGAUCCGUUCUGCAACUGGAAGGGAAUGCUUAAGCAUUGGGGUGAGAAUAAUUGGACGGAUGUCAAGUUCCCAGUCCCCACGCCGCCUGCCUUUGCUAAAGGAUCAUCUCUUACUUUAUGAUUCUCUUACUAUAUAUGUAUAGACAUUUUUGGGUCGGUUUUAAUUUCUUGUUUCAUCACUAAUAACAUCAACAUGCCAUUUAGAA